AUGCAUGUACACAGUCCGUGUUUGAUUCUUAUCCCCGAUACCUUUUUAUCUGCUGCCGAUGCUGCUUUGGCUCCAUCCGGCAAGAGAUCGUCGUCGACCUCGCUCCUUGUGGAAUACAUCAGAGAGGAGUUCCCCGGUGUACAAAUCGAACCUGUCGGUCGGCGUUAUUGGAACGAUGCAGGCGGACUUGAGUUUGUGCUUCAGCUGUGCGUUGAAGACGAUGAACGUGCUGGAACUGUUCUAGCUGUCUCUAAUAAAUACUAUGCAUUGUCUGCUGCCUGUGCCCUGUUCAAGUACGCAGAAGGCAGGCUCAACACUCGGUUCGCUGCGGGUUCUCUUCGAAUCAAAUACGUUCCGGUCGAAGGUACAAUGAUGAUAGAUCCUGAUACAGCUCGGAAUCUCGAACUCGUUGGCAACAUGACACACAAAAAAUCGUCCCAUUCCUUGUUUGGUGUUCUCAAUUAUACGUAUACCCCAAUGGCAUCCAGAUUGUUGAGGGUCAAUAUUUUGACUCCUAUCACAGAGUUAAUUAAUGCUGAGGAUCGCUUCUCGUACGUCCGAGACGCCUUAAAGACGCUCAAUAAAAUGGACUUCGAUAAGUUAAUUGCAGCGCUUGUCUCUUCGGAAGUUCGCCCAUCGACCAGUGCAAAGCCAGCUUCCCAGCGCGUCACUCAGAUUCUCAAUUUACGGAACGUAGUCAAAAACCUUCCACUGCUUCAGAAGGCAAUAGAAGGCUGCCGUUCUCAACUCUUGCGCAUAGUUUGUGGUAUGCUUUCUGAUGAAAGGCUCGACAAAAUAGACAAGUUAAUAUCUUCGAAUCUUAACGAAGAGUGUGCACCGACAAAGGGUGGGUUAGCCGCGCUCAACGCCCGUGUUUAUGCAGUUCGGGCCAACUGCAACCGUUUGCUUGACGUUGCUCGAGAAACUUAUAAAGAAAAUAUUGGAGAUAUCUACCAAUUAAACCGAAGUCUCUCAGAAGAGUAUAAUCUGCCGUUGACACUUGUGUAUCAGGAAACAGGUUUUGUUUUCGUGCUAAAGAAAAAUGAUCUUGAAGGAGAGCUACCGAAAGGUUUUGUUAAUGUCACAAUGAAGAAGGCACGAUGGAUGUUUUCCAGUAUGGAGCUAAAAAAAAUGAACUCACGAAUGAAAGAUGCGCUGGACGAGGCCCUGAUGCUUAGUGACAAUUAUAAACCACCCAGAAUUAUACAAGAUCUGAUGGCAGAGAUUGUGGCUGAUAUUGGAGCUUUGUAUAAAGCAUCUGAAGCUGUUGCCCUUGUUGAUAUGCUGUGGUCGUUUGCUCAUGCCUCUAUCAGUAAGCUUCGCCCGGAGUUUACGGGCACCUUGGCAAUCAAGUCAGGCCGCCACCCUAUACUUGAGACUGUACAAAGUGCAGGGAGUCUUGUACCGAAUGACGUCUACUGCGACGACUCAUCUUCUUUUCAAAUUAUUCAAGGACCCAAGAUCCACGACUUUCUUUUGACCCGCCUGUCGAACGAGGAUGACCUUGAAAAAAAUUUGAGCACCUUUGCCAGUGAGAUGGCUUCUUCGGCCAUGAUUCUGGGUUUGGCUACCCCAAAGUCUUUGGUGCUAGUCGACGAGCUGGGACGGGGAACAUCACCUAGAGAGGGGGUUGGAAUAUCGCAUUCCAUUGCGGAAGGAUUGAUUGCCCUAAAACCAUUUGUCUUCUUCGCCACUCACUUCGGAGAGCUUACCAAGACGCUCUCAAGACAACCAACAGUUAUAAACCUUCAUCUUUCUGUGCAGCGCAGCCGUUCAUCAUCCACAAAUUUUGGGAUGACUUUUCAAUACAAGAUAAUGGAUGGGGCCUCGGAAGAUUUCAGCCACUAUGGGAUUGAACUUGCACGACUUGCUGAUCUCCCUCCAGACGUUCUCGUUGAAGCCAAAAGAGUUGCGGAGAAACUCUCCGCCUUGCAGACGCGGAAUGAAGAAUCCAGCGAAAGCCAUAAAAUCACAAUCCGCAGGAAGGCAUUAUUAAGGGUGCAGUAUUUCUUCUUCAUUUGGACCCCCAUCUAUGUUAUGCUGUUCUAA